AUGGAAGACAGUGCACUAGCACGGAUCCUACCACAUGGUGACAUUAUCGCGAAAGAGCAGAAGAAAAACCAGGCCAGCCAGUUCCAAGGUCGACGACGGUUGCUUGCCACACAGCUGAGCCUCGUUGAGUAUUCCAAGGCCAGCCAACAACCGAACCAAACUCCGUCGGAACGGGUAUGCAUUUACGAGUACGAUUCCCGGCGACCGGGCGACUUUCCCGCCGACUCGCCGACCGACUCUCUGGAUUCUGGAAUGGGUGAGACCUCGACUAGUGAACUGCUUCCUCCGGGCUCCACAAACCUAGGGGGACAAAUUUACUCGUGA